GUGUGACCGUCGUCCUGUCUCGUGUUUCCUGUUCAGGAGCAGCUCGGAGCGCCGUAAGGAGAAGUCUCGGGACGCCGCUCGCUGCCGGCGCAGCAAAGAGACAGAGGUGUUCUACGAGCUGGCCAACCAGCUGCCUCUACCACACAGCGUCAGCUCCCACCUGGACAAGGCCUCCAUCAUGAGGCUGGCCAUCAGCUUCCUGCGCACACGCAAGGUGGUAACCACAGGCUGCAGCGGCGGCGUUGACGGCGAUGAGGAAGGACAGAUGGACAGCCUGUACCUGAAGUCUCUGGAGGGCUUCGUCACCGUGGUAACGUCCGACGGCGACAUGAUAUUCCUGUCCGAGAACAUCAACAAAUUCAUGGGGCUCACACAGGUGGACCUGACUGGUCACAGCAUCUUUGACUUCACCCACCCAUGUGACCACGAGGAGAUCAAAGAAAAUCUCAGCCUGAAGACGUCCGGCAGCGGCUUCGGUAAAAAAGGCAAAGAGCUGAGUACUGAGCGAGAUUUCUUCAUGAGGAUGAAAUGCACGGUGACCAACAGAGGACGCACCGUCAACCUCAAGUCAGCCAGUUGGAAGGUGCUACAUUGCACCGGAACCCUGAAGACGUACAGCAGCUGUCCUCCUCGUGUGCUCUGCGGCUUCAAAGAGCCUCCGCUCACCUGCGCCGUCCUGAUGUGCGAACCCAUCGCGCACCCGUCCAACAUCGACACGCCGCUGGACAGCAGGACCUUCCUGAGCAGACACAGCAUGGACAUGAAGUUCACCUACUGCGACGAAAGGGUAUCAGAGUUGAUGGGUUACUCUCCUGAGGAUCUGCUGGGUCGGUCGGUCUACGACUUCUACCACGCCCUGGACUCAGACGGCGUCACCAAGAGCCACCACAACUUGUGUUCUAAAGGUCAGGCAGUGAGCGGUAAGUAUCGCAUGCUGGCUAAGAACGGAGGCUAUGUCUGGGUAGAGACCCAGGGAACUGUUAUCUAUAACAGCCGCAACUCCCAGCCCCAGUGCAUCGUGUGCAUAAACUACGUCCUCAGUGACAUCGAGGAGAAGUCGAUGAUUUUCUCCUUGAAGCAGACAGAAUCCGUGUUCAAGCCUCACCACAUGAACAGCUUCUUCAGCGCUGGAGGUGCAGGCGUCACCGGAGAGCCGGGAGACGCCCUCUUCACCAAACUCAAAGAGGAGCCGGAGGAGCUCGCACAGCUGGCUCCGACACCUGGAGACACGAUCAUCACCCUGGACUUCGAUCGUCCUCAGUGCGAGGAGCCCCAGCAGCCUGCAGGAUACACCACGGUGUCUGCCGCAGCUAUGCCCCCUCCGGGACCUCCGUCCUGGGCCAGCGAGAGCCACAGGCCUGCCCCUCCGGCGUCAGGUCCAAGGGACAUGGCUAACAUGGCCGGUGCAUUCACCGUGCAGCAGAAUCCGCCGCCGGGCAGCGCCACGCCGAGCCUCAGCAGCUGCUCCACGCCCAGCAGCCCAGGUGAUUACUACAGCUCAGUGGACAGUGACCUGAAGGUGGAGCUGACUGAGAAGCUGUUUGCUCUGGACACGGAGGGCAAAGACAGUCCUGAAAACACUGACAGGGACUUGAGUGACUUGGACCUGGAGACUCUGGCUCCGUACAUUCCGAUGGAUGGCGAGGACUUCCAGCUGAAUCCCAUCAUCCCAGAGUUGGAGCCCCUGGAGGGGGGAUCCAUGGGGAGCAGCAGCAGCAGCCUUUCUAAAUCCCAGCAGAGCUUCAGCAACAUCGCCAGCCUCUUCCAGCCGCUGUCCUCUCCUCCUCAGCCACAAGGCCACUACCAGCACCAGCCUGCUGCGUCCUGGGCCGCCGGCGAGAAGAGAGGCUCCGGCCAGGGCGCCGUGGACCCCCGGGCUGGGUCUUACAUACUUGGGCACAUGCAGAGUCCCCCGUACCAGGCUCCAGCCAGCACCCCUCUGUCCUCCAUAGGGGGUAGGCAGAAUCUGCAGUCCCCGGACCCUCUGUUAACCUACCAACAACAGCAAGGAGCCACCAAGACCUACAUGAGGGAAGCGCUAUCUGGAGAGGAGCGCCCGUCCUGCCAGCAGAACGUGACGCGCCUCUGUGCACAACACAGGUCCAUUGGUGAUUUUGUACAGGCCUACAGAGACAUGAGUCCAGCCAGAGUGGCCAUGGCCAACAGCAUCAAGCGCUCCUUCACUCAGAUGUCUGUGGGUGAAAGUACGCCAUCAGAUCUCAUAUGGAAGAUGAGGGGUGAUAGUUGUGCCGCCAUGGAUCGCUCCCUCAGCACAGGAUCACUGGCAGCGUCAGAGAUGAUGGGGAGGAUGAUGCAGGGCAGCGUGUCUUCGUGUCUCGGCUCUCUGCAGCAACACCGGAAGUGUCAGUAUCCAGUAAACGGGAUAAUAGGUGGUGCAAGCGAAACCCUUCCCCCAAAGAGCUGCAACUACACAUAUAACAUGCAGCCGUCCAACAAGAGCCAGGGUAUCGCUAGUCGUUUGCUGGGCCAUUCGUUCGAG